AUGCCUUCAAAACUCCAGCUGGACGUGAACCUAUGGUUCCUGUACCUCUGCUUGCAAAAGUCCGAUUACAAGACUAUCGACUUCCAUGCUGUCGGCGAAGCUGCAAAUAUCAAUCCACCAGCAGCGCGAAUGCGCUUUACGCGCUUGAAAAAGACAAUAGAAAACGGCGCGUUGAACAGUCCAGCAGGAACGCUUUUCCCGGGAGGGACGGAAGGUACCGCUAGAUUGUCAUCAUCUAGCAGUCGUGGCAAAGGAAAAGCUCAAUCCAGCGCAGCCAAAAGCGUGAAAACUCUUGAGAAAGGGAAACUGAGCAGUAAGGCGAAGAGCAACAUACCUACAUCCAGGGUAGGAUAUCUGCACCCGAAAAUCGCUGAACCGGUCGUCAAGGUGGAAAUUGAUGAUGAUCUCAGCUGUUACAGCAUGGGGGUUGGUAAUAACAUGAACGGAAUUGGCGAAGGCGACGAUGAGGAGGACAUCCCACUUGCUAUCAGACGGAGGAGCAUGCUGGCGAGGAAACGACAUGCAGAAUCAAAUUUUAGAUUUCAGGAUGACAAACGCAGAAAGGUUGGAUCAGGGGACGAAAACUCGGCGUUAGCGAUUCAUACUGGGUUUCCGAUAUCAACUGGUUUCGGCGGCACGUUUAACAGCGACAUGGAAAUCGUUGGAGUUGGACCAGCGGGCCAUUCAGAUGGACUUGACUGGGUCGUUCCACAUUAUGUCCCUCAACCGCAAAACGGGUAUCAAAUAUCGAGUGAUGCAGCUAAUCAGCCUGUACUGCCGCAAUUCAAUACUGCGUCCACAGACUUGCCUCUUCGAGCCUGGCAGGACGUUAUCAAUCCGUUCAACUCGUCGCAAGCGCCCACAGAGAACUUUCAAGGAAACAACUGGGCUCAAGCAAUAGUACCUUCGCAAGCAGCUCCCUCGCAUAUAAGUACUAGCUCCCACGUUGAGAUUUCGCCGAGCGACACGAUCUCCCUGUCUUCAACCUCAUCCAUCGAUUCUCCCGUGAUAAAGCCGACAGUGCCAAAAAUUGCGCCCCUACCGCAAAUAGAUACAUUUUGUACUCGCUACCCGGGAUUCCAACCUGCGGCAGACGACAAAUGGAGCUGGAGACAAUACCAACUCCCGCACAUUGUUAUCACCGAUAUGGACCCUCAUUCCCCUCGCAACCGGCUUAGUCCCCACAGUUCAAUCGCUAUCGGAAAAACAGAGAAGUCAGUCAACAACGCGCUGUUCGGGUCGGCGUCUGCUGCAUUUGGGCGAAUGCCGACCAUGGGGGGUGCGCAAAGCCAUAGUAACAAAGAAAACGAUGUCAAACGAUACCUUGAAGUUCCAUGGGUUCCAGCGGAGGAGAACCCGAAAGGCCAAAACAAAACUGAGUUUUCCAAGGAGCCUAUUGUUAUUGAAUGA